UUGGGGCAUCAACACGAGCCUUCACUGAUCCAGAAUUGGGCCUGGGGAGUCGGGCUUCGAUUGGGACUUGGGUUCUAUCACUUAAUUCUAGAGUAAACAAUGGCCUCCCACCUGGAAUAGGGGAAAUCGAGCGAAUCGGCAGACCCCCAGAGAAACCAAAUUUCCGUUUAAACAGCAGCCCUUCAGGGAUCUCCCUUCGGACAGCAUGGAGAAGUCUUUUCCCAUAUCGCCUUGGAAGUACGCCCUGUUCGCCACCUGCAUUCUGAUAACGGCCUGUACUGUGCUCUUCUUUUCCUGUGGUGUCGUCACAUGGGGCUCGGCAGCCUCCAUCUUUGGCAGCUAUACGACUGCUCUGAUCGGAGCGGCCGUCUUUGGGGUGGCCUUCCUCGGCGUGUAUGUGGCCCUCAAGGAAUCCUAUAAGUACUCGAUACUCUUUAUGUUCGUCAGUGGACUGGUCAUCGUCACGAUGGUUGCCUACUUCUUCACCUUCGCGGCGAUGAAAGGAGAUCUACUGGCGCACUUUGACGAGCGGGUCCGGCAGUUGUUUGAGGAGAAGACGCACAGUAACGACAAGAUGCAGCCCAUCCACAGCCUGUUCCGCUGCUGUGGGCUGGAGGGACCGCAGGACUACCUCGGCGAGGAGAACGGGGCCUUGCCCGCCAGCUGUUGCUUCGCCUUCGACUGCUCCAAUCCGACGAACGUCUUCCAGCAGGGCUGUGCCACCAAGGCCAACGAAAAUUUGAAAAUGCAGGCGGAUAUCACUUACUACUGCUGCAUGGCAAUUAUUGCCCUUGAGUUUAUGGGCAUUCUCACGGCCUACUACAUGGGCCGGGCCCGGAAGUAUGCGAAGACCAAGAUCAAGGACGACGAGAGCCACCUAAACGAUUGAGUGAAGGUGCUAGCCAGCAUAAAUGUUGCAUAAACGAUACUCUAUUUAUCAGAUUAGCGAAUUUGCCACUAGAGAAUAAAACACUUUCCAUAUGCUAAACGAA